AUCAUUCUCUGCAGCGCCGGAAGAUUAACAAGAGUUUCAAGCGUUUUGCCACGAAAAACCUGAUUAUCUCAACUAGAGUUUAUCGAUAAAGUAAAUUAUUCCAGUGCUAUGAAUUGGGAUAACUUUGUUGUGCAGAAUUGUCCACCGAGUAUCUACUAUGUGCCCGAAUUCAUCACAAAGGAGGAAGAAUGUUCCAUUAUGCAAGCAAUUGCCAAAACGCCCAAACCCCGGUGGACACAGCUGUCCAAUCGCAGGUUGAUAAACUACGGUGGUGUGCCCCAUCCGAAGGGCAUGAUAGCCGAAGACAUUCCGGCCUGGUUGAACCAUUACGUCGAUCGUAUCAACCAGCUGAAUGUGUACGAAGAAGGAAUCAAAGCUAACCACGUCCUGAUCAACGAAUAUCUUCCGGGACAGGGUAUAAUGCCCCAUCUGGAUGGGCCCCUAUUCUAUCCUACCAUCACUACUAUUUCGUGUGGGUCGCAUACGGUGCUAGAGUAUUACGACCAAAUCGAUGGAAGCGUUUCCGAUAGUAGCGGCUCGAUAGUUCGCCAUCAUACGGCAAGCAUUUUGCUAGAACCGCGAAGUUUACUAGUGGUUAAAGACGAUAUGUAUCACAAAUAUCUUCACUCGAUAGCAGCGCUGGAGCAGGAUGUGAUUGAUGAUAUGGUAGUGAAUAUGUCGAAGAUGAGCAAUUUGAGUGUAGGAGCCGUAUUGCAACGAGCGAAAAGGAUAUCGUUAACAAUUCGUCACGUGCCAAAAACUAGUAAAAUGAAAAUAAAAAUAUUCUAGCAAUGCUUCAAAGUAAUUUUACCAAAAGCCAUCCACACUGAUGGAACUUUGGAAAAGAAGAAAAAUUGUUUGGAAAAGUAGU